CUUUGCAAAUCGCAUGACAACAUGUCUGUAGGCUAAAAUCGCGCAAACUGAUACAACACAACAUUGAACCUACAGCGCACGCACAGUACCGUUAGCAGUGAAGUCCAAGUCAAGAGGUUUCAAUGCCUGCUGAAUAACAUCGAUCCGGCGGACAAAAUGGUGGUGCUCGGUUGCCAGUACAACGUGGGCGGCACCAUGGACGCUGCCACGUUUCUCACCGCAUUGUGCGAGAACAAGCUGCCAUGCACAAAGUUGAGAGCGUGCAUGGCUUCAGAAAGAUCGAAGAACAUGCGACCCCAGAAGCCUCCGACCCUCCCGGAAGCCGAGAACCCGAUCCAGGCCGGCGUGUCUGGUCCCGAACAGGGCGGGAUGGUUGUGCCACAGGAAUCGACGAGCACGGCCGCACCGUCCACGAGCGCGCCCACGGCGGCGCCUCCCGAGGAGGUCUCGACCGCGUCGGUAGCCACGGUGCCUCCUUCGACAUCGGCUGCCCCGCCAGAUGAUCCGCCCCCUGCCGGCGAAGACGAAGGCAGCCGCGAAGACGAGCCGUCCUUUCCCGUGGUCACCGCAGCGACGACCACGACGACGACGUCGACGGAGCCGCCGCCCGCGCCCACCGACGUGCAGCCACCGCCCGACGACCCGCUGCCAGCGCCCACCGAGGAGGUGACGGGCGGAGACGAGAUGAGCUUCUACCCGUGCCUGUGCGCGCGAAAGGCCAAGUACCGGGGCCUCCUCUGGAAGCCGCGCAUGAACAGCCGCCGCACGAGGGCCAUCACGUGGAAGGACUACAACUUCAUCUUCCCGCUGAGCGUCGUGAGGGAAUGUCUCGUCGCAAGCUACUAGAGACGCCAGGCUACUAACUUCCAGCGCAACUUCUACUGACGCAGAAUUGAACUGUUUCCAAGGGAGGAGCAGGAAGAAUAAGCACUGCGACCAAGGCCGCCCAUUCAAGGCCCUUGCUUACGCUUGCGAUACACGUCACAAGGGCUAACCAUUUCUCGAAUUUUGUCACUGACGUGACAGUACUAACAGCGUAAAGUAGUCUUUCGUUCUGUUUUUCGUCGACUUGUGCUUUCGUGCUAAAGAAGCUGAGGCUUCCGGUUUCGGUAAAGAAAUACUACACUAAAAUGACGCGAUGUCGCACUUACAAGACAGCUACCGGAAACUGUCACACUUGAUGCUGUCAAAGAGAGAUGGCAUCUUUUUGUUUACGUUUUGAUGUGAUUGAACAAACAGUGCGAGUUUAAUAAAAGAUCGUUCUGAGAAAUAAAUUUCGUGUUCU